AUGGCCAGCGAUACUACUGUAUCGUUUCCUCCUGACAUUAUUAAUCACGUAAAAAAACAAACAGCGGUAUAUUGUGGUGUGGAUCCUACUGCACCUAGUUUACACUUAGGAAACUUAUUAACGUUAAUGGGAUUAUUACAUUUCAAUGUUAUCGGUCAUCGUACGAUUGUUUUGAUCGGUGGUGCAACGGGUCUAAUAGGGGACCCAUCAGGACGUAAUACAGAACGUCAACCCAUGUCGGUUACCACAAUAGAACAUAAUGUAACAGCUCUCAAUCAGCAAUUAUGUCGUAUAUUUAAUAAUGGACUUGUGUACGCAUCAAGACGUGGAUUCGUAUUAACCAAUGAACUUGAUAAUUUUUUGGUUAUGAAUAAUUUGGAAUGGUUUCGUAAAAUGACAGCUCUUGAGAUGUUAAACAAUAUAGGAAGAUAUUUUAGAGUUGGACCAAUGUUAAUGAAAGAUAGUGUCAAAUUAAGGAUGGAAAAUGAAGGGGGAAUAAGUUUCACAGAGUUUUCUUAUCAAUUACUUCAAGCUUAUGAUUUUUGGUAUUUGUAUAAUCAUCAUCAAUGUCGAAUUCAGUUAGGAGGUAGUGAUCAAUGGGGAAACAUCACUGCAGGCAUUGACCUGAUCAAUAAAAAGAAAAAUCAUGAAAUGAUUGAUGAUAAGAAUAUCAAAGAUAAGUUAAGAGAUGUAUUUGGAAUUACAAUUCCUUUGUUGUUGACUUCGACAGGAGAAAAGUUUGGCAAAUCUACAGGAAACGCGAUUUGGUUGAAUGAAAAUUUAACUAAUGUAGAAAAAUAUCUUUUGAUGUUUACAUUGUUAAAUGCUGAAGAAAUAACUCAGAUUAUGAAAACACAUGUGGAAUCACCAGAAAAGCAUUAUGCGCAAGAAAAGUUGGCAUCUGAGAUUACGGAACUUGUGCAUGGAUUACAAGGUCUCAAAAAAGCACAAUUUGCUACUAGUAUUUUAUUUGAUACACCAACUAAAGAUAUGUCUGGUCACGACAUAAUUGACGCAUUUGCAAAUGACUCACGAUGUUUAACUACCGUUAAACGUAAUGAUGUUCUAAAUUGUUCAAUUGAUCGCGUAGCUGUUGUUGCUGGUGCAUGCAAAUCACGUAGUGAAGCUAACAAAUUGAUUAAAUCUGGAGGAUUGUAUUUGAAUAGCAAACGUAUUGGAGAUCCACAAUAUCAAUUGCAAGAAAAUGAUUUAGUUGAUGGUAUCGUUUGUAUAUUUAGAAUAGGUAGAAGUAAUUAUCGACUGGCUCAAAUUGUUGAUUGA